AUGGACGUGCAGGCAGAAACCGUGCAAUUCCUUGUCCGCUUGUCCGAAGUACUGACGGUCGACUAUUUGUGCCAAUUUCGGAAUCUUCUCGAUGCCAAAAUCACCUUCUUGAAGGCCAGUCAAGGCCAACACGCCGCCUCGGACGCCCGCAUUGAGGCCUCUUCCUCGUCGAAUCCACGUCCUGCUCCGCCGCAGGCUUUUCCUCCAUAUGCGCAGACGACAUCAGCAGCACCACCACCACCACCACCAGCAGCUCCAGCUCCUGUACCAGCUUCAGUACCUACCCCAGCCUCAGCUCCAGCCUCAGCUCCAGCUCCAGCUCCAGCAGCAGCACCACCACCACCACCACCAGUACCAGCUCCAGCUUCAGCUACAGCAUCACUACGACCACGACUACCAGCUCCGGCAUUAGCUUCAGCUUCAGCACCACUACCACCACCACCACCAGCUCCAAUACCACCACUGCUACCAGCUCCACCACCACCACUACUACCGCUAGUAGCACUACCAGCAGCAGCACCACCACCACCAACAGCAGCUCCUCCACCUCCACCACUACCAGUAGCACCACUAGCAGCAGCACCAGCUCCAAUACCAACUCCAGCUCCACCACCACCACCACCACCACUGGCUCCAGCAUUAGCUUCAGCUUCAGCACCACUACUACCACCACCACCAACUCCAGUACCUAUACCAGCUCUACCUCCAGCACUAGCUCUACCUCCAGCUUUAGUACCUACACUAGGUCCAGCACCACCACCAGCUCCAGCACCAUCACCAGCUCCAGCAGCAGCUCCAGCUCCAGCAGCAGCUCCAGCUCCAGCAGCAGUUCCAGCAGCAGCACCACCACCACCACCACCACCACCACCAGCAGCUCCAGCAGCACCAGCUCCAGCUCCAGCUCCAACUCCAGAACUAGCUAUAGUACUAGCUCUAGUACUAGCUCUAGCAGCCCGAGAGGCUGAAGGACGUGGGCAGAGGGAUGUCGAACCUCAGGAUGACGGUCCGGCUGCACUCUCAGGGGAUGGAGACGUCGAGAUGUUGGCUGAUUGUGGCCCUGUUCAACCGAGGACCGAACCUCCGUCUGUCCCUACAACGCCACGCGAGAGGUCUCCAGCACCUCUCGCAACUGAACCUGCCUUGCCGCCGUUGGGGGGACCCCCAAUGUCUCCCACAACUGGACCUGCCUUGCCGGUGUCGGAUAGCUAUCUGACACCUCCCGCGACAGCACCUACCUUGCCCCUGGUGGAUAGACGUCCAACACCAUCCGCAACUGCAGCUGGCUUCCCGCUCGAGAGCUCUCCGACACCUCUCGCAACUGCAUCUGGCUUACCACUUGAGAGCGCUUCGACGGCCUCUACAAUUAUACUUAGCCCACCACCACCUGCGAGCUCUCCAACAGCUCCAGAUCCCCAAAGAGCGAAUUCCCUAAGCCUGAAGCGUUAUGCAUGCGCUUCCUCUCGGCCGCCAGCGAAGAGAGCCAGAACAGCACCCCUCCAGGAUUCCACCCCGGAAGGUAUCUCUGCAGAGUCCUUGGCCGCUGCUAUCUUCAGCAAGCCGGCAAUCGAACAAUUCCUAGGCCUGGUCAAAAGCCGAAGGAACCCAUGUUCUGAUUUGGUCAUUGGGGAUCCUGAUGAUCCUCCCGGGCAGAUUUCGAGGUGUCUCGCAGGAAUUGACAACGCCAAAUGUGACAAAAACCUCAAGCAAUUCUUGACGCGACUCUAUGAGCUGUAUCUCUCAAGAGCGGUUGCCAACCUCUUGAGCGGUCGAAGUCGAUUGGACCCGAAUGUUAUAGGGCGGAUUGGGGAUACUCUUGGAUGGUCUUACUCCAAAUACCGUCGACAUCUUAACAGUGGCAAGCACUGGGAAAAAAUCUGCGGGAAGUACGAUGGCCUUCUGUGCUUUAUUCCACUCGCGAGGGCGAGCAGCCGACAGAAUCAACAACUGACAGACGACGAAUCCGCAAUCUUCGAUCCCCAGCACUAUUCAAAGAUGAGUGACGACGAUAUCAAAAUCUUCCACGCACAGCUUGAUCAAGAGGCGAUGACGGCCUUGAUCUGUCGCGCGGGAAAGGCAUUUCAGGAGUCUCUCGACAGUGACAAGAUGGACGUUGAGUUCUGCUUUGAGGGUCGACCGUUUCCGCCAUACACCGAGGUCACCAGGGAUGUGCUCGAGCAGCUACAGCCAUUUCCAUCUCUCGAGGAAAACCACUACGACGCGUCUGAAUACCCCGACUGGGAGAGGCCGCUUGGAUGGCCCGGAGACCUGCCCUGGCCAACCAACCCCAUGUCACUCGAUCCCGACGGUGUCCAAUGUGACCUCUGUACGGAACGUGAUUGUCGCUGCAUCGAAACCAUCCAAGGAUCCACAGCCCGGAUCAAGUCCUACGCGGGUAAAGGACGUGGUCUUCAAGCGAAUGGGCCCAAUGGACAAUUGGCGUACCGAGAGGGGGCCCUACUCGGUCAGCUCACCGGCGAAAUCCAACCAGAGGGUACGCCACCACCAGGAGACCAAAUUUUCAUCAUUGUGAGAGGUGACAUCACCGAUACUGAAGAUCCCGAACCGACCGUCGGCCAGCUCAAUAGCGCCAGGAUGGGGGGGAUUUUCAGGCUGGUCAGCCACUCCUGCAAGCCUUGUACUCGCUUUCGUCAGAUGCGCGUCUCUGGCCUGAUGAGGGUCGUUAUUGAAGCCAAAAGAGAUAUCCGCGCCGGGGAGGAGAUCACUGCGGACUACGGGAGAAGCUACUUUCCAAAGGGAGAAUGUCGCUGCGAGGACUGCCAAACACCGCUUCUCCCUUGGCAAGCCCAAGGCUCUCGUCAACUGGGCAGCCUUUUGAACCCUGCGGCUGAGAUUCUCGAUCCCUUCGCCAAAAGUCUGGUGGGCUGGGACAAGACUGACCUGAAGAGGGCGAUCCUUCAACGAUCGUGGUCGGCCCUGGGCCAUAUUUCUCCAGAUUGCGCCCAAAUUUGGCGAGCGGCGAACAUUGGCCUGCCCCGGUUUGUGAGGCCGGCUCAAUGCUGGGGGGCGUCUCCAAAUCUGGACAAACUCUGGCAGCAAAUACGGACAGUGGUCAAGUCGAGACCGGAGAAGUACUCGGGUUAUGAUGGCUCAUUCAGCGGCGACGAUCAUUCCCUCACCACCUUUUCCACAAUGACGAACCCGGAUAUCUCCAAACCGCAGAGCUUCCUCCACAACAUCCCCGUUGAAUUGGCUCCGGGCCAGCGUAUGAAAGUCCCCAGGGAGCUCUUCACGAAAUAUCGACCGAUCGCAGCGGAUGUACCAAUGGCCUGUAAUGUCACUCCUACCGGUAGCGUCUUCAGUCCUCACCUCGACACCAAUCGAGACGGGCUCAUCGCGGUAUUCGGAAACUGCACCAAGUUGAUCGCCUGUUGGCCCGCCAGCGCUCAAAAUAUCGAGUUUCUCCUCAAGACCGAGAAGAUGAAGCCUUGCGAAGCCUUUCGACAUCUGGUGACAAAACUCUCGGGUGGAAUUCUCUUGCGUCUCACGAUGGACGACGCUCUAUUUAUGCCCGCGGGCACGAUUCACGGGACAAUCACUAUGGAGGGUGGCAUCUUGAUCGGCAUCAACACGCAUUCGACCGGAAGCCUCGUCGGAGCCCUGGUCAGCGCCACGUACGAACUGCGGAACAACCUGUUGGCCGACGAGGACGUACCUGUGCUUCUAGAACCUUUUGUCCCCCUCCUGGACGACAAGGUGUUGAAACGGUUGCGGGAUGACCGGAGACACGUGGAACAAGAACUCUUGCGUGAAUGGCCGGCCACGUUUGAUGCUCUCCUGUCGAGGCUCUCUCGCGUGCAGGAUCGAGAGGUCUCGGAAGAAAUCAUGGCAAGGGUCAAAUCGACAUUCACUCUUGUGAAAUUCAGGUUGGUGGAGAUCGCUCGGGAUACCGGUUUGCCGACACCAACUUGUUGUGGAGUGGUCAACGAUUUGACACAUUUCAUCGCCGCCCACCUCGAUGAAAAGAGAUUCCCCGGCGGCGGCGGCGGCGGCAUCGGCGGCGGCGGCGGCGGCAUCGGCGGCGGCAUCGGCGAAUGA